UAAUUUUAUAUAUACACUCUUCUGUGUGUGUGAUAUGUAUCAGAAUUGUAAAGUCCUAGGGUUCCUGGCAGUGAAUUUCAGUGUCAUAGCCUGGAGUCCUAGGCACUGAGCCAGUGAACAGAUCACUCCCUUCUUGGGCAGCUCCUGUUCGCACUCUUAUUUGGAUGCAAGCUGCCUGUGUCUUGCAUUUUCCGUGAGGGGCUGUGUUGCUCUGGUGGGGGUGGCUUGCCUCACACUUGUCUCUCGUUGUGUUUCUCCUUAGCUCCAGUCCUUCUCUGAGAGGGGGACCAGGGGAUGGCAGCCAUGCACCUGACAGCCUGGCCCCAGGUGAGCUGUUGGUCCUUCAGCUCUUCCUCUGGGCAGUUUCAGAUUGAAAAACAUUGAGAAGGGGAGCUGGUGAGCCUCGGGAUGACAGCUGCUUCCACCUGCUGGACUGGAACUUACGGGAAAGAGGGACUUCACGGAUCCCCUGAAGCUCAUCCAUGGACUUCCAUGGACUUCCGUGGACUACAGAAGUUGGUGACCUUUGAGGACGUGGCUGUGUACUUCACCCAGGCGGAAUGGGAUGGUCUGUCCCCUGCACAGAGGACCCUGUACAGGGAUGUGAUGCUGGAGAAUUAUGGGAAUGUGGCCUCCCUGGGAUUUCCACUUCUCAAACCUGCUGUGAUCUCACAACUGGAGGGAGGAGGUGAGCUGGGGGGCCCAUCUCCACUGGCUGCAGGAACAGGCCUCUGGGGCCUCCGGACUGGUAAGGAAGUAGAUAUUCAGACUGACAAUGAUUUGACAAAGGAAAUGUAUGAAGGAAAAGAGAAUGUAUCUUUUGAACUUCAAAGGGACUUUUCCCAGGAAACAGACUUUUCAGAAGCCUCUCUUCUAGAGAAACCACAGGAAGUCUACUCAACAGGAAAUAUAAAGAAGGAGAAGAGCAACACCAUUGAUGGAACAGUGAAAGAUGAGACAAGCCCCAUGGAGGAGUGUUUUUUUAGUCAAAGUUCAAACUCCUAUCAGUGUCAUACCAUCACUGGAGUGCAGCCCUCUGGGUGUACAGGAUUGGGGAAAGCCAUCAGCUUUGAUACAAAACUCGUUAAGCAUGAAAUAAUUAAUUCUGAGGAAAGACCUUUCAAAUGUGAAGAAUUAGUGGAGCCCUUUAGGUGUGACUCUCAACUUAAUCAACAUCAAGAAAACAACACUGAGGAAAAGGCUUAUCAGUGUUCGGAGUGUGGCAAAGCUUUCAGCAUUAAUGAGAAAUUAAUUUGGCAUCAAAGACUUCACAGUGGGGAGAAACCCUUCAAAUGUGUGGAGUGUGGGAAAAGCUUCAGCUACAGUUCCCAUUAUAUCACACAUCAGACAAUCCACAGUGGGGAGAAGCCCUAUCAGUGUAAGGUGUGUGGGAAGGCCUUCAGUGUUAAUGGAAGCCUAAGUAGGCAUCAGAGAAUCCAUACGGGAGAGAAGCCUUAUCAGUGCAAGGAGUGUGGAAAUGGCUUCAGCUGUAGUUCUGCGUAUAUUACACAUCAGAGAGUCCACACUGGGGAGAAACCUUACGAGUGUAAUGACUGUGGGAAAGCUUUCAAUGUUAAUGCAAAAUUAAUUCAGCACCAGAGAAUCCACACUGGAGAGAAGCCUUAUCAAUGUAAUGAAUGUGGAAAAGGCUUCAGGUGCAGCUCCCAGCUUAGGCAGCAUCAGAGCAUCCACACAGGAGAAAAGCCCUAUCAGUGUAAAGAGUGUGGAAAAGGCUUCAAUAAUAAUACAAAACUCAUUCAGCAUCAGAGGAUCCACACAGGUGAGAAACCCUAUGAAUGCACUGAAUGUAGAAAAGCCUUCAGUGUCAAAGGGAAGUUAAUCCAACACCAGAGAAUUCACACAGGCGAGAAACCCUAUGAGUGUAAUGAAUGUGGGAAAGCCUUCAGGUGUAACUCCCAGUUUCGGCAGCAUCUGAGAAUUCACACUGGGGAGAAGCCCUAUGAGUGUAAUGAGUGUGGAAAGGCCUUCAGCGUUAAUGGGAAACUAAUGCGGCAUCAGAGAAUUCACACUGGGGAGAAACCUUUUGAAUGUAAUGAAUGUGGGAGAUGCUUUACUUCUAAAAGAAACCUACUUGAUCAUCACCGAAUCCAUACUGGAGAAAAGCCCUAUCAAUGUAAGGAAUGUGGGAAAGCCUUCAGUAUCAAUGCCAAACUAACUAGGCAUCAGAGGAUACAUACUGGGGAGAAACCUUUCAAAUGUAUGGAAUGUGAGAAAGCGUUCAGCUGUAGUUCUAACUAUAUUGUGCACCAGAGAAUUCACACUGGAGAGAAACCCUUUCAGUGUAAGGAGUGUGGAAAAGCCUUCCAUGUUAAUGCCCAUUUAAUUCGGCAUCAGAGAAGCCACACUGGGGAGAAACCCUUCAGAUGUGUGGAAUGUGGCAAAGGCUUCAGCUUUAGUUCUGACUACAUUAUACAUCAGACAGUCCACACUUGGAAGAAACCCUAUAUGUGUAGUGUGUGUGGGAAAGCAUUCAGGUUUAGCUUCCAGCUCAGUCAGCAUCAGAGUGUCCAUAAUGAAGGAAAAUCCUAAUAAUGAGAAAGAUGUAGAAAACUCUCAAGAUUAAUGCCAAAAUGGAUCAAGUAUCAUCAGAUUCACCCAUUGAAAAACCCCCAAGAGGGAACGAAUAUGGCAGAGUCUUCAUAUGGAAAGAGUUUUUAUUCUAUUCAAUUUUUAAUCAGGAAAGGAUGACUACUUAAAGAGAGACAGCCAAAAUUAAAUAGCUUUGUUUUGUACCAACAGGAAUUAGAAAAUAUAAUGAAGGAAAAGAUUUCAUUCCCAGCAGCAUCAAGAAAAGUAAAAAGUAGAUUUUCUAGAAAUAAACAGUUAUGGAGGACUUGUAUGGAGAAAUUUAAGUCUUCACUGGGAGCCACUUUCUUAGAAAGGAAAUUUGAAUAAAUGGAGAGAGAGAGAAGCCUUGUUGUUGGAUAGGAAAACCCAUACUAAAGAUACUCUACCCACAUUAAUUUAUUUGUUUAGUUUUUGACAACAAGCAUGUAUUACUUUUGAAAAGAUGAAAAAUAAAGAUUUAUUUAAAAAAGGAAAAA